GGGGCAUUCCAGUAGCACACAGUAUCUAUGGUAUAGCACAAACUAUCAACUCGGCCAACUAUAUAUAUUUCCUUGGCCUGAAGGAAGUAAUGCAGUUUGAUCAUCCUGAUGCAAUGACAAUAUUUACAGAGCAGCUAGUCUUAUUGCACCAAGGACAGGGUAUGGACAUCUAUUGGAGAGACUCCUAUACAUGCCCCACAGAGGAAGAAUACAAAGAGAUGGUCAUAAAGAAAACUGGAGGUCUGUUUGGUUUAGCUGUCAGGCUCAUGCAACUUUUCAGCACAAACAAAAGUGACUUCAAACCCCUGAGUGACAUCUUGGGCCUGUACUUCCAGAUCCGAGAUGACUAUGCCAACCUCUGCUCCAGGCAGUACACCGAGAACAAGAGUUACUGUGAGGACCUCACCGAGGGCAAGUUCUCCUUCCCUUUGAUCCAUGGGAUCCGCAGUCGACCCGAGAACACACAGGUUAUGAGUAUCCUAAGACAGAGGACGGAAGACAUGGAUGUCAAGAAAUACUGUGUAGACCUGCUAGAAAAGUUUGGUUCAUUUGAAUAUACAAGAACAGUGCUCUUUGAUCUAGAAAAGCAGGCUUAUCAACAUAUAACAAACCUAGGAGGAAACCCCAUCUUAGAAUCCAUCUUGGAAGAACUUGGAAAACUCAUACGGCAUAGGGAUCAAUGACGUUUGUCCACCUGUAACAUCUGAACUUCCAUCUAUGACCAUCGUGUGUUAUUACAGGUGAAUCUACCAAUGUCAAAUCUCUUUGGAACACUGAAAUCUGUUUGACUUAGGUACAUUUACAUAAUAAUUUAAAUAAUACAUGAUUUGCAUAUUAUGGUGUGAAAAGAAUACUUUUACUGUGGCGAUUCUUCGACUUAUGGAAGGUCUACUUAAAGCAGUUCUACUGUAUUUGUAUUGUUAUUUGAUGCCACCAGUGAUUGGUAGUGAUUCUAUUUUACCUUAUGGCUAAGAAAGCAUGAAUGCUUGUAAGCAAGAAACCAGAGGAACAACAGCUUAAAGUCCUCUCCGAGGAACCUGGUAAUGAGGACUAAUGCCUUACCAAAGGGCACUAGCGCACCAAGUAGGAAUCAAACCUGGGUCACCGGAAUCUGAAACCCCUGCUCUACCGACUGAGCUAUCUUUGCCAGUGAAACAAGCAAGAAGUGAACCACCCUUUGCCUCAGGUAUACCUGACCUAGAUGUGAAGAUAGCCAAUCUCACCUUAGCUUUCCCUUACUAUACUAUAGGACUUGAAAUGUGUGAUUGGUUGUAGUGUAAGGUGGACAUUCAUCUACUGAGGAUCACUAUUUGACAUCCUAUCUGAGGAACAGAAUGUGUUUCACUGGGCAUCACAUGUAGCCGUCCUAAAGGAAAGGGGCAAAUUGAUACACUGCACAGGCUUCAGUCAUCUGCCUGGGUUUUACGUUGGUGUCUUGAAAGGCUUUUGUAUGUUUUCCUGCACAGCAUUGUUUCAGGAUAUGUCUAUAGUACAAGUUUGGAGAUUCUUAGGACCAAUGCUAGUAUCAGUGUAACAAUAUAAAAAAUGAUUCCUUGGAUCAGGGUCAGUAAAGUUAAUUUGUAUGUGAAGGCAGAGGGGGGGGGGGGGAUGGAGAAGUUACUGUUAGAGUAAUUCAUAUCUCCCAUUGAGAUGUGUGCAUCAUUUUUUUAAAGGAUUUUUUGGCUAAUG